CAAAAGCGCAGAACCGACUGAUUCAAGUCAACGUGGGUCCAGACUCCUGCAGAUAUUUUACAUUCCGGCGGCUACAAACGCAACGCCGUGAGGCUAAUCGGCAUCUGGGACCCACCCUCCUCUUCCGUCUACCUUGUUACCUUUUCUUUUCUCAAAACUGUUUACCGUUCUUCUUCGCACGCCACAACGGAAGUUUUCUCACUCUUUCAAACACAUACUCUCUCUCCCUCUCUCUGAUCCCGAUAUGUCCGAGGUUCUUUUGCGGUUCCAAGUCAGUCCCAGAUUCCUGAGAGCCCGGACCCCACGUGAUUUCCUGCGACAACCACUUACGAAUCUCGUAGUUUCGGGCUCCAGAACACUUUCUCUGCCCAGAAAACACCAGGUUUUUCCCGCGAAAAUUGAUGUGAUUGGAGGGGAAUCUUCUUGGAAGCUAAGCGCUUGGACUCGGGAGGGGUCUUUGCAGGAGCUAGAUGAUUCGCCCGUGUCCGUGGAGCUCCACCCCAUAUGCAGCGAGACCCAGUUCGAUCGGGUUCUUGCGGAGGCCCAACAGCUCGAGGAAUCGAUCAUCAUUGUUUGGAUGGCAAGCUGGUGCAGAAAAUGUAUAUAUUUGAAACCCAAACUGGAAAAGUUGGCCGCAGAUUUCUACCCAAGGAUUCGGUUCUACCGUGUUGAUGUCAAUACAGUUCCACACUCGCUCGUUUCUCGUGCUGGAGUCACUUUAUUUUAGUUGGGCAUGAUGUUAGCUAGCUUUUCGAUUCUGCCAGCCCCACAGUCUGCACCAUCCAACUCCGAGGCAUGCUACUAUCUAAUUUAAUGAAUGGCAGCUUGGAUGAAAUAUAAAUUGAUGUAACUAGGAAAUUUUCAUAUGCUUGGCACUUCCUCCUUUCUUCUUCAUUUCUUCUCACUUUUUCUGUUUUCCUGUCCAUCUAAAUGGAGGCACUCACGAAUCUUAUCAAUCCCAUUGUUCUGUUUGCUUCAGCCAUACAUGUGUGCUGACUGUUGACUUGAUUGUUUCUUCUUUUCCAUGCAUGUGUAUGUGGUGGGCUCCU